UUCCUUCUUUUCUCUUUCCCUCCUUCCCUCUUUUGUCCCUUCCUUCCUCCUUUUCUCCCUCCCUCCCUCCCUCCUUUUGUCCCUUCCUUCCUCCUUUUCUCCCUCCCUCCCUUCCUCCUUUUCUCCCUCCCUCUCUUCCUUCCUGUUUGCUAGCAGUUACCUUUGCGCAUUGUGGUUUAUGAAUCCUCGCAUUCCACUUAAAAACAAGUCAGGCCUUAACCCAUUCUCUGCAUACUGCCUCAGUCCCAUUUCUGGCAUUUUAACCUCGGCGGUUUUUUAAAACCAUACGGCUCUCCUGCCACCCUUUACUAGUGCUAACUGUGGCUUUUGAGUUUCAUUUUUGAAGGCCCUGAGAGGUUUAAAACUUAGCGUUGCUAUGGUAAGAACUGGGAUGGAAGCGGCCGUGGUGUCACCAUUAUAAGACGAGAACCAGGCUAAUCUCUGUUGGCAAAAAAAUCCCCGGGAUCUGGUAGCAAUUGAUAAAGGCAUUUUAUUAAGAGGCAGAAGAUUUUGUCCUACGCCUGGUAAAUUACGUCUCUUGUCAAGGCUUUAUAAUAAUUCUAGGCACCUCCCCGAGACUCCGUUCAGCUGGCGGGGCAGGUUUUAAAAGCGGUGACACACAACUGGUGUGCUCCACUUCAGUGAGAAAAACACAGCUGUCUUAAGCACAGGAGCCUCCCAGGGGUGAAAUUCAGCAGGUUCUGACAGGUUCUGGCGAACCGGUAGCGGAAAUUUUGAGUAGUUCGGAGAACCGGCAAAUACUACCUCUGGUUGGCUGCCUGGAGUGGGCUGGGAAUGGGGAUUUUGCAGUAUCAUUCCCCCAGGAGUGGGGAGGGAAUGGGGAUUUUGCAGUAUCCUUCCCCUGGAGUGUGGUGGGAAUGGAGAUUUUGCAGUAUUCUUCCCCUGGAGUGGGGUGGGAAUGGAGAUUUUGCAGUAUGCUUCCCCCGGAGUGGGGAGGGAAUGGAGAUUUUGCAGUAUGCUUCCCCUGGAGUGGGGUGGGAAUGUAGAUUUUGCAAUAUCCUUCCCCUGGAGUGGGGUGGGAAUGCAGAUUUUGCAGUAUCCUUCCCCUGGAGUGGGGUGGGAAUGGGGAUUUUGCAGUAUCCUUCCCCCAAGAGUGGGGAGGGAAUGGAGAUUUUGCAGGAUGCUUCCCCUGGAGUGGGGUGGGAAUGGAGAUUUUGCAGUAUCCUUCCCCCAGGAGUGGGGAGGGAAUGGAGAUUUUGCAGGAUGCUUCGCCUGGAGUGGGGUGGGAAUGGAGAUUUUGCAGUAUCCUUCCCCUGCCAUGCCCACCAAGCCACGCCUACCAAGCCACACCCUGCCCACCAAGCCACGCCCACAGAACCGGUAGUAAAAAAAAAUUGAAUUCCACCACCGGAGCCUUCUAUGUUUGAAGAGCUGUAGAAAGUGAUAACACAAAGUUGCUUAAAUUCCAUUUCCAUUCAAGAACUCGCUGAUAAAGAUCAUUUCCUCACCACAAUGGGCCUCACGUACACUUCUUGACAAAAAAGAGUAGUGGAAAGUCAAAAAUAUUUGAAACAUCUUGGAAAAGGCAAACCUCUCACCUUCCCUCCCCUAAGGGGCCAUUCGAUCGCCUAACAUGUUUCCAACUAAACAAUGCUGCAUUUUUAUUUAUUUAUUUCUUUGGCUUUCUUCUUUCCACACCGGGAUCUUAUCUCCAUCAACCUCAGGGCCAUUACUGGCUAUUUUAUAGAAGGAGGAAACUACAAAGGGGUCGUGGACCUGUUCUCCAAAGCACCUGAAGGCAGAACAAGAAGCAAGGGAUGGAAACAAAUCAGAGAGAAGCAACCCAGAAUGAAGGAGAAAUUUUCCUGGCAGUGAGAACAAUUAAUCCGUGGAUUAUUUAAAGUUGUGAAUGCUCCAUCACUGGAAGUUUUUAAGAAGAGGAGCGAAUGAAACGGGACAGGACUAUUCCAGUUCGGUUGUCUGCCAAGGAUAUCUGCUCCUGCUCCUGUGGUUACCCAGAAGGAUCGUAAUUGCCAACUGAAAACAAAAACGAUCCUGAAGAUGGAGAUAACGCAAACAGGAAUGCCAAUCAUCUCUCUUUAGACCGACAAUGAGAUUUAUGGAAAUCUGCACUUCUAUACCAUUCCCUGCUGCAGAUCCUUUGUUCCCCACCCAUCCACCCCCUGAGAAGCUGCUUAAACACGCCAGCAACCUGACUAAGGUUGGCAGAAGCCGGGACAAGUCACGGGAGCUCACCCCGUUACGCGGCGCCAGGGAUUCGAACCGCCGAACUGCCGACUUUUCGAUCGACAAGCUUAGCCACUGAGCCACCGCGUCCCAACCUGACUGGAGUUCACCUAUCCAUUUCUGCAGAGAGAAAAUGUUUUUAAAAGCCCCGUCCAGGGGCAGGGAUGACUGCCUUAUCAGCACAGACGGCUCGGCUUUGGCCUGGUGGUUUUCUUGGAGAUGUUUCACGACCCGUUUAGGUCUCUAGGGUAUGUGUUAAUGAUAUAUUGCUGUCGUUUUAACUCUCCGCUGGGAGCUGCCCAGACUUGUGAUGUAAGAUGGGCUGUGCCUUCCUUUUGUGAGAUCCUCUGCAGCGGCCACCAAGAAUGUUCCGAACAAGGGACCAGCUGGACAAGCUUGUGGUACGUUUGGCUUAUCCUGCUCACCGUCUUCCUGCUCCUGAUGUGCGGGAUCGGAGCCAGCUGUGCCAAAUUCUGCUGCCGCACCAAGCAGCCCCUGCGCCAAACCUUCCCGCCCCAUGCGCACGACCUGACCGUCAUCCCCAUGGAGCAUGACAGCACCGCCCACAGCACGGUUACCUCAUACAGCUCCCUCCAGUACCCUCCCAACGUCUCCCUCUCACUGCCUUUUGGAGACCCGGAUAGGAACACGGCUUGUCCUCCAGCCUACAGCCUCUACGCCAUAGAGAUGCCCCCCUCCUACGACGAGGCCAUCCGGAUGUCCAAGCCUCACGACGAGACUCCGUCAGCGGGCCAGAAACCGGACGGCGGCACCUGUGAACCGGCAGCCUCAGCGAGGGAGCGGAACGAAACUCCCAGGUUGCCCGGAUCAUCCCAAAACUGCCCCAUGGAGGCGCAAGAGAACCCGGGGGACGCGUCCACCGGUACUUCCUCCCCCGAGCAGUCAUAGCGGUCUCUUCGAUAGGGGAACAGGGAGAAUACGGACCGAAGUCGCGGUGGAGAAGGGAAAUUUGAUCAUCGGUGUUUGGAUCCAGUGUCUCCUGCCGCUUUCUGAGUACCGUUGGACUUUUCGAGGAAAUGGAAAUCAGAUCCUUGCUCCCCACCCACCCCUCCGUGUCUGAAGUAUUCAAGGUGAAAAAUAAAGCUUUGGGGAUGACAGGCCCCCCCUACCCUUAGAGCAAGAGUCAGCAACCUGUGGCUCUGGAGCCGCAUGUGGCUCUUUCACCCCUCUGCUGCGGCUCCCUGUCACUCAAAAAAGGCGUCACAACCGCCAAUGUGCGACACCCGCCGGCACGCGAUUUAUUGAGCUUUUCAACCCCCGGUAGGCCGACCAUGGAUAAAUCCAAGGAAAGAAAAGUUUCAGAAGAAAACAGAACGUUUAAUUCAACUACAUAUGCUAGUUUUGCGGCCGCUCAAGGAAUAGUCAGGCACGGGAAGGGUUUUGUGGCUCCCGGUGUUUUCUUUUCUGUGGGAAACGGGUCCAAAUGGCUCUUUGGAGUGUUGAAGGUUACAGACCCCUGCCUUAGAGGUUCAGCUGCCUUGAAUGCAUUGGAUUAGCAGAAAAAUGUCUGCCUGCUGGACUUAAAGGGGAUCGAAGGGUCUCUCUACCCCACACCCUGCCAUCGGGGGGAGCAAGUACAGAUUUAAUCUCUCUUUCUUCUGCGGAAGACUGGAUUUUCUAGCAAAUUGCUGAAAGAUGGGGAUUCGUUGCUAUGUAACGGCCAAGCUUGAACCCAGGGCCCUGUUUUUUUUAAAAAAAAUUCCUAUGUUCUUCUUUUGAUAGACUUGGGCAGUAUUUUCCAAGGUACCAAGGUUUUGGAAAUUCUUUUGGAGAAAGGCCAAAGUUCCAUUUUUUAAAAAAAAUCCUAAAUCCAAACCAGGAAUAUACUGUAGUUUCUCAGUGUUUGCGGCCCCCGAUUUCCUCGUCUCCUCCUCCCAAGACGAUUGUCGUGUCCCAUUGGAAUGUGAAUUCUGCGUUGGGAUAUUUCGAGUUCCUGCUGCGGAUUUAAAAAGAACGGUGCCCGUCUUUUCGCCAAGAAACCAUAGAUUUUUUUUAAAAAAAUAUUUUGAAUCUAGCAAUAUUCUGCUGAAACCACGAAGCAUUUUGUAUUUUAGGUAAUUCGUUUUUAAAAAAUGUUUAUGUAUAUCAUUUUCUGUUUGUAUGUGUUGUAUAUAGAAGGUCAACCUAUUGGGAGAAUUCCUUAUAUAAAUACUCCGCUGAAUAGUUUUGUUUUUUUU